AUGACCAUCGGCACAGACUCCGAUUACAGCUUCCAGGGAUGGAUGGGCCUUGACAAGGACUCCGUUGGGAACAUGAAAUGGCAGAGCUAUGAGCCGAAGCCAUGGGAAGAAACCGACGUCGAUAUCAAAAUCACUCACUCCGGCAUCUGUGGCUCCGAUUUGCACACGCUGCGUAGUGGUUGGGGCCCAACCAUGUACCCAUGCGUAGUCGGCCACGAGAUAGUCGGCAUCGCCGUGCGGGUGGGAUCCGAGGUGAAGCACAUCAAAGUCGGAGACCGAGUUGGCGUAGGCGCUCAGUCCGACUCCUGCCGCAACCGACGGGGUAAAUGCAACGACUGCUCUUCCGGGCGGGAAAACGUUUGCUGGCGAGAAGGCCGCGCCGAUACGUACAACGGCGUCUACUUGAACGGCGGCAAGUCCUACGGCGGCCACGCCGACUACAACCGUGCGCCGGGCCACUUCGUCGUCAAGAUCCCGGAGCAGCUCAACCCCGCCCAUGCCGCACCGAUGCUCUGCGGUGGGGUCACUACCUAUACGCCACUGAAGGCUAACGGGUGCGGACCGGGAAAGCGCGUGGGGGUGAUCGGUGUCGGUGGGCUGGGCCAUUUUGCGAUUCUGUGGGCGAAGGCGCUUGGCGCCGAUCGAGUGGUCGGGGUUUCACGCAGGGAAUCCAAGCGUGCCGAUGUGCUGAAGCUAGGUGCCGAUGAUUACAUCGCAACCGAGGAUGAGAAGGACUGGGCUCAGACUCAUGCUGCCAGCUUGGAUCUUAUUAUCUGCACGGUUUCGUCGCCGGACAUGCCGCUGCGCGACUAUAUGGGCUUGCUUGAUUCCUAUGGUCGGUUGGUUCAGGUGGGUGCACCUGAAGAUAAGCUUCCUGUUCUUUAUGCCUUCGACUUCAUUCCGAAGGGGAAGUCGAUCUCAGGAAGCGUCAUCGGGUCACCCAGGGAGAUCGAGGAGAUGCUCCAGUUGGCGGUUGAGAAAAACGUUCAGCCAUGGGUGGUGGAACGGCCGCUAAAGGAGGCGAACCAGGCAUUUAUCGAUAUGGAGAACGGUCUGGCGAGAUAUCGGUAUACACUUGUAAAUGAGAAGCAUCUUUGA